AUGCUAACGAGUUGCCCCAUCCCUUUUCUGACCAAAGUAAUCUAGAACUAUCCUGGCCUGCAGCAUCUCUAUAUUUGUUAAUUCGUCAGUUGCUUAGAAGGACUGUGCCAAGGCCUAUAUCUGUCGCACCGUCGUCAUCACUGUUCCGAUGCCUCCACUUCCUAUAUCUACUGGAGUUGGCUGCUUGCAUGGCUGGCGCACAGCUGUCGAGUCACAGACUCUUUUUAGCACUGUUUUGCUGGUUUCCUUGUUUGCAAUCACCCUGCGAUCAAUCGCACGUAUUCUGGGAAGAAGAAGAAAAAGCGUGUUGCGUUUUGAUGAGAAGAUGGAGGACUCAGGCAUGGGCCAAGAGCGAUUGGCUGUCAAAAAACGAAAAGAUUCGUCGCAGGGUGGAGAGAUGGAUGUGUCUGCGAGAAAGCAGGUGCAUCCAGAUACCGACUCGAAAGAGAACACCGACUCGGAAGCACAAAGACACGACACCGCCCAUCAGUCAUCACUGGAACCAAAUCAAAACGAAUACCUUGAAUCCCUCAAGCAGGAAACUUUGGAACCAUCUCGUUCACCCAUAUACCCAUGGAUAGCACCGCCCCAGAGUCUUCCCGGACCAUACGACGCACCAUACUUUCCAGUUCCCUUGCCAACAAUCGCAGUUGCAGAAACUACAGAAGAGGGCAUGAAAACGGAAGCGCCUAGAGACAAACGGCCCGAAGAACUCGAGACUAUUCUCUAUUCACGCCGCAUCCCCACAAAUAUCAGCCCAGAAAACGACACUAUCCGCGAAGGCGUCGUUACUGUCUCGACAAGAGGUUGGCGGCGCAACCAAUGGACCAUCAAUGCCGGAUGAUGUCGUUUUUUUCUUAUUCCUCUUCUUUUAUCCCGCAAAAGUCCGUAUACCGCCCUAUUAACCGCGCGGCUGAAAAGGCGAAAAACAAGAAGAAAAAAUGAAACUUCUAAAAGCGUG